CAAAGGUUUCCUUAAAGAAAACAACACUGAAAAGUCUUAACACAACACAUUCACUCACAUAUACACACCAGUGUGCACGCACAGACGCUCACACACACCCUCUUGCGCACAUGUUGAUUUAUGGAAACAAUUAUGAUUCUGUCGCAGUCUUUCUAAGCUAGGAAAGUUUGUAGCUACAGUAGAGCGUCUCAUGUUGCAAAAGACAGACAACAGAAAUGAAAUACUUGUGUGUCCAGCUGUUAUCAAGAAGAGCGAAUCUUUUGCUUUCAGCACAAGCAAUGAAUACAAGUAGCAAAGGAGGUCACAGAAGCCGAGUUUAUUACUACCUAUCUCUUUAAAGACUAUCCUGGCUGGAUAUAUGUUUAAAAGGUCAAUUGUCUAUGGCACCUGUAUUUUAAAAGAAGUCAGGAGGACUGGAAUUCUGGGAAGGUUGCUGGUCAAAUCACUUUAAAAUUCAAGAGAAAGGGAGAAGACAGGUCAACGAACCACUGAAGACGGAUAUUUUUCAUUAUGUUGUUCAUGAGCACCCAGAGCACUGCACUAUAAUGCACAAAUGGAUAUUGACAUGGAUCCUGGCAACUUUGCUCUACAGAUCAUACUUUUACAUUAUCUUCCUCAUGGGUGUUAUAUCAUUAGCUUGCAAUGAUAUGAACUCAGAGCAAAUGGCUACAAAUGUGAACUGUUCCUCCCCUGAGCGACAUACCAGAAGUUAUGAUUAUAUGGAAGGGGGGAAUGUAAGAGUGAGAAGACUUUUCUCUGGAACGCAGUGGUAUAUCAAGAUUGAUAAGAGAGGCAAAAUAAAAGGGAUACUGGAGCGGAACAGCAACUACAGUAUCCUUGAAAUAAGAACAGUAGCAGUUGGAAUAGUGGCAAUCAAAGGAGUGGCAAGUGAAUUCUUUAUAGCCAUGAACAAGGUUGGAAAACUAUAUGGAAAGAAAAUGUGCAAUGAAGACUGCAACUUCAUAGAACGGAUUCAAGAAAACCAUUAUAAUACAUAUGCUUCGGCAAACUGGACCCACAAAGGGAAGGAGAUGUAUAUAGCAUUGAGACAGAAUGGUGCCCCUAAAAAGGGCACAAAGACAAGCAAAGAAGACACAUCGUCCCAUUUCCUUCCACUGCAGUUAUCCUAAUUAUAUAUGGAGAACCAGUUCCAGCAAACAUUUUCAUUUGAAAAAGUGGACUGUUUGAAAGUACAAGAAAGAGAAGCUGGAAUACUACUGAAAAACUGAACAAGCUGGACUUGGGUGUUUAUGUUUAUUUUUAAGAGACUGAUUAUUAAAAAAACUGAAGAUAUACAUUACAUCAGACUUAGUGACUAAAAGUUGUAAAAAAUUGUAAAGAGUUGUACAAUCAUGUUAGUGUAAGUGUAACUUUGCAGAUUCUUAAAUUAAAUUUACCCUUACGCGUUAAGUCAUGACUUGAUUAUCUGAUCAUAUUUUAUUUAAAAUAAACCUAUCUGCUUAAUUAAACAUGGCUGCUAUAAUAAUAAUAAUAAUAAUAAUAAUAAUAAUAAUAAAGCAGAUGAAAAUAUUAUGUAAAAUAUGUGGACUUGAUGGCUGCUUGAAUGAGAGUUCAGAUGAUCAAGUCAGUACUAAUCGUGGAGGCUGAACAGUAUUAAAUACUUCCCAGGAAAACAAAAUUGUAUAAGUAUUAAAACAAUCUGAAAUUGGAGUACUGUUUAUUCAGAAAAUAAAGCUAGUAUGGAAGAUGAAGGUUGCACCACUGCAAUAUAUUCAUAUGUAUUAGUACAAACAACUAAUGCUGCUCUGAAAGAUGUUACAAAAUAGUGUAUAUAAAAUAAUAUUAAUAAGGAAAAUGUACUUCAUCUCACUUUCCUCAAAAUAACCUUUUAUAUAACGACGAAGUAAAAAUUCAGACAUCAUCAUAUGGGUCUCUAUGUAACAUAACCUAUAUUUUUAUAUAACUCCUGUUAGGGCAUAUGGCUUCUGAUUCCCCACACACACACCAUUAUUCAAGCUUUCUCUGUUGUUACAGCAUUAAACUUUAAGUUAUAGUUGAACUUUAUUGUUUUAAGUUAUUUAAACUGAUGUUAUUUAUAAAAAAA